AAAAAAGAAGUGCACACCGAGAGCCGUGCGUGAUGUCAGGCAGCAGCUCGCGGUCCGCGCACUGUGCAUGUGAGUUCACUUCCUGUAAAGGGGGACAGCGGAGAGAGAGAGAGAGAGAGAAAGAAAGAGCGAGAGAGAGUGGGAGAGAGAGAGAGAGAUGGGAGAGCCAGGACCGAAGAGGGAGAGAUAGAGGGAGAGACAGCGGACCAGAGGGAAGCCAGGGGCCUGCUCUUUCUUUUCCCUUCUUUCUUUUCCCUUCCCGUCUUCUUUUGAAACAACCCAGCAAAACUUUGGAGGUCUGACCGGAGGGAGCAGCGCUUACAGCCGCGGCGCAUGGAAUAACCUCAUCUCUCUGGAUGCCUCUCUCAGUGGCAGAGUCUGCAGUGAAUAUCUGAAGCCCCCAUCUUCCUCUGCCAACAUGUCCCAGCUGCUCCAUGUGGAGAUACCCAACUUUGGAGCCACGGUCCUCGGCUCCCUCAACGAGCAGCGCCUGCUGGGACACUACUGUGAUGUAUCCAUCCUGGUCAAAGGUCAGGCUUUUAAAGCCCACCGGGCCGUUUUGGCUGCCAGCAGCCUCUACUUCCGUGACCUCUUCAGCAGCUCCACCAAGACCCAGUUUGAGUUGCCCUCCUCAGUCACACCUGCUUGCUUUGAGCAGAUCCUCACUUUCUGCUACACAGGGAAGCUAACAAUGGCAGCUAGCGAACAGCUGGUGGUCAUGUACACAGCUGGCUACCUCCAAAUUCAGCAUAUAGUUGAAAGAGGCAUGGACCUAAUGUUCAAAGCCAACUCACCUCACUGUGACUCGCAAACAGCGGGGUCUUUAGAGGAAACAUGUUCUGAACCACAGAGUCCCUCUAAUAAUGGUAACGGCCUGGCGGUGGCUGCCCUGCUGGGAACCCCCGGUUGGCCUCAGUCUUUGCUCCUUCAGCGUAAGAUUAAACUAGAAGGGGGCGAACCGACACCCCUGACGAUACCCUCAAUACAAAGCAAGAUUUCUUCCUCGGAGUUGGGAAGUCGGCUGGCGAGGGCGAGUUCGUUGUUCUACACGACAGCUGGAGGGAACCCAGUCCCCGGUAUGCCUACUUACCACCUUCAAGGGGCCGGCGGAGGUGGAGCCGGAGGAGGAUUAGGAGUCGAAAGGUCCAGUCCUGGAUCGUCCAGCUUGCCCACCACUGACAGUCCAACAUCCUACCAGAAUGAGGAUGAGGAGUUUGAGGAAGAGCCCUAUGAUGGAAUGACAGAGGAUGCCUACAGUCAUCUCUAUGGACGUUCAGCUAACCCCUAUGGGAUCCAGGACAAGCCAGAGAUGGCAGUGGUGCCCUUGGCCUUGGAGAACCGCAACUGUGUGCUGAUCCGCCGGGACCUGGUGGCGCUGCCUGCAAGCCUCAUCAGCCAGAUAGGGUACCGCUGCCACCCGAAGCUCUACACCGAGGGGGACCCCGGGGAGAAGCUGGAAUUGGUAGCUGGUACGCAGGUGUUUAUGACUCGAGGCCAGCUGAUGAACUGUCAUCUAUGUGCCGGUAUCAAACACAAAGUCCUGCUCCGACGGCUGCUAGCUACGUUCUUUGAUCGAAACACUUUAGCCAAUAGCUGUGGGACAGGUAUCCGUUCCUCUACUAGUGACCCCAGUAGGAAACCCCUGGACAGCAGGGUCCUCAACGCUGUAAAACUCUACUGUCAGAAUUUCAACCCUAACUUCAAGGAGAGUGAAAUGAAUGUGAUUGCUGCCGACAUGUGCACCAACGCGAGGCGUGUGCGCAAGCGAUGGUUGCCGAAGAUCAAGUCCAUGCUGCCUGACGGCAUGGAGGUGUACCGUGCAGGAAUGGGCAUGGGUGCUGCUGUGGGUCUUGGCCUGGCACUGGGUGCCUCUCAACAAGGGGUAUCCCUCCCCUUCGAGGCCGACUUCAAGAACCUAGAGCAGAGGUAUUAUGCAGAUCGUAAGGACCCUCUUAGGACUCACCCACCGCUCACAGAGGGCAGCCCCGGGUCCAGGGCGGCUGGAGCUGAGGCUGAAGGCGAAGGAGUUGUGCAGGAGGAGCAAGAGGAAGAUGAGGAAGAAGCUGGGUUAGAAGGUGUCAAUGCAUCACUUGGGGCACCGACUUUGAUCCCAGGUGCUGAGGCAGGCAAUUGUGGCGACGCGCCGUCGGAGCAGGAAGUGGAAAGUUUUGAACAAGGUCUGAGGGUGAAUGGACAGUGAACAUCCCUUGUUGGGAGCUGCCUCUCACAUUGUGAAAUCUGUUUUAACACCUCGUUUUUCUUUUGCUUGCAUCUUGUCCGGCGCUCUUUCUUCUCCUCUGUGCUUCCUCACCAGGAAUCGUCAGCACACAAAGCAGCGCUCGUAGAUCUCGCUAACAGAAACUUGUCACACAUGCAUGCGCACCCGUGUGCUUGUGUACACACUUACUUAAUUGAUAGUGGAAGUAGACACAGGCAUUGUGUUAGCACAUCACGCAAAUCAAUGAUUUCUGCUCCACCCUCUUCUUCGUAUGUGCUGUAUUGACUCAGUAUUUCAGCUCUUGCAGCAAUAUCACAAAGGCCUGAUACCAGAACAAAUGGCUGUAAUGAUUCAUGAUAUCAGCGCUGCACAGACGCAACACUUGCUGGCUGGCAGUCCACGGAGUGUGUGAUAUGAUGGUUUUUAAAAUCAUUCAGUUUUCUGAAAGAAAAAAACCCCAUGUAACCUUGGGAGAAACGGAUCAGAGAGACAGUUGUCUUAAUAAGCAAUUAAAGGUCAAGCACUGAAUUAGCACAAUUGAACUAAACAACUUUCAUUUCCUGUUAUAAAAGAGGACUUCAUUUUUAUGAUAAAGAAGAGGAAAGAGGGUUUCCUGGGAAAGUUAAAGACUUCUCUGCAAUCUAACUAAUAAUCUAUCACAUGGACUUGUUUUUUCAUGCAUACUUUCCCAUGACACAUUGGAUUAGAUUGUCAAUGUGAUGCCUGUGUCUGCUGCAGACAGCCCCCGCUAACCACACACACACACAAAGACACACACACAUGUGCACACAUUUAAGAUGAUAGCCUUUUAAUAUAUGCACCAAUGCAUUGAAUACACCAUUCAAAGAAAUACAAUAACGUAACAAUGCUUUUUAACUUUGAAGAAUCCUUUUCGAUUACCAGUUAUCAUUCUGUCUUGGAGAUACACGGACAAGAACAAACCCUACAACCCACGCUUGCAUGCAUGAAUACAAACAACGAAUACAGAGAAAUAAUGGAAAACAACAGCAACAACAAUGCCACAAACCUGCAUAGAAAUGAUUAAAAAAACAGCUACUAUUGCCUCAAGAUAUACCAUCACUACGCAAAAGAACUCCAUUUCUCACCGGGACGUUUCUCACAGACCACAGUCUGACACACGUCAGAACUGAUUCUGAUGUUACCCAAAAGUGACUGUGUUUGACACAGUACUGGUUGGAUUCUUUUUUUUUUGUUUCUUUUUAAGUACGGAGCGCUCUGUCACCACAGGUAGAGGAGACUGACGUGCACUACACCAAGUGGUAGAAGAAAUAAAACAUGCCAUAGAGAGGCACUGUUUUACCUCGAUGUGGUGCGAUACUACAGCGUCCUGCUUCCGUCCUGCUUUGUUUUCCCCAGGGGGGUGGGAGGGGUGACGGGGGGGUAAGUUAUUGAAUAAUACGUAUAAGAGCAAUUUCUGCUGGCUUAUUGCAUUUGCACUCAAAUUUAAAAAAGGUUAACGGUGGGAUACUAAGGAGUUUGCCUAAAUGUGACUGUACUAAAGACUGAAUCUUUUGUUUCCUCCACUUCACCCUGAUUAUUUAUUCAAUUUUGGGUAUUGUGGGGAAAAAAACAAAUGGUCUUUCUGACAAUGACUGUUUCUAAAAAAAAUAAUCUGGGACGGGGAUGUCACAUGGCAAUGUUGAACAGCAGCAUAAACCUUUAUUUGUCUUGUUGGAGACAUUUUUCUUUUCUUCUUUAAUAUGUUUUCACACUAUCUGCCACAUGUAAGGACGCAGUCCGAGCAGCCUUUCUUUGUUAUUGUUUUGUGAAAAGAUUUUUGAAAAGCUAUGCUGUCCUUAUGUUUUCUUCCAUUUUCUAAGUUUUCCCGCAGAUUUAAUCACGAGAUAAGACUAUCGAACCCUGUCAAUGUAUUAACCCCAGGGUAAUACUAAGCCACCGCCAUUAUUUUGGGUAAAUACAAGGAAUUCUGAAGUGGUUGAAAAUAGAAAUUGUCAUAUUUUAUCACCACAGAAUGUGAAAGCAUGAAUGAACAACUAAGCAGAAACAACUGAAUAUGCCCUCAGUGUAUAUUGGACCUUAUUGUUUGAAACAAUAGUGCUGUGUCACUUCGAAGGUUGGGCCAGAUUAUUCUCUGUCUGUUCUACAAAUAUUUUUUU